UUUAAAAGUAACGAUCAAAAUUAGAUGUGUGAGAGAUAGAUGUGAGAAGCGUUAUGUACAAGUGUAGUCUGGUUCUUUACGGAAAAUCAGUGAAAAUUUCGACGCAUCUACCCUACUACAACAGCAUGAUAUUAUAACCUCUUUAUCGGUGAGCGCAGUUGGAGUUGUUUAAUGUACUAUGACAUAACCUCCAAUGUAUCCUCGAAUUGCGAUGAAACUCUGCGAGCGGUCUUUGUACCGCGUUUUAACGAGCAUCAGGCUUCAAUGUAGCACAUUAAGUCACGCAACGAAAAAAGAUGUAGAGAAACAAACAAUGGAACUCACUUCAAAAAAGUUUCCCGGCUACAAGUUGAUCUACUUCUUUCCCUACAUCGCGCAAGUUGGUACUCUAAAUUCUGUGAAACUUCGGUUCACUUAUCUCACCGGCGCGGUUGUACCUGUAUUCACGGGACUUCAGUUGGCGAAUGUCAUUUCCUUUGACGUAGCUGGUGCAUCGAUAUGUAGCGUGCUCAUAUUAACAUCAUGGCUACACACUACCGCAAUCCUGUGCAAUAAUCUCGUAGGACUGGUAUACAUAAAUCUGGAGGAAGAAAAAGUGAUAUUGUCUUACACGGACUACUGGGGAAAGAGGAUAGAUCUGAAGACCAACAUGGAUGAUGUGAUACCCCUAUCAGACAGUCAGCUUCGUAUCACUGAUUCUCUCUACAAAAUGAUUUCGUUUGCCUCACAAAAGCAGAAAUUAAAAAUAAACAUGAGAUUUGGAAAGAUAACGGAUGUCAAGAGUUUUAAAUGCAUACUAGGAAUGGUUUCAUAAUUCCCAGAAAUAUAUUCGCUGUACAUA